AUGAAUGCUACGCAGAAAAGAGAAGUUAAGUUCAGAAAGAUGGAUUCUGUGGAGAGGGUUGAAGACGCGGAUGUGGUCAUUCCGAGAGAGGUCGUCCGUCAGGUCCAGGAGAGAUUUGACAAUGUUCUGUAUGGGUAUUUUUUAGGUAAUCGUCUCCCGUUUCCUGUCGUGGAGUACUAUGUGAAGAAUGUUUGGUCGAAGUUUGGCUACUCAAAACUUAUGAUGAACUCGGAUGGUUUCUUUUUCUUCAAGUUCGACACGAAGGAGGGUAUGGCCAAAGUGCUGGAAGGGGGUCCAUGGUUAAUCAGAAAGGUUCCUUUGUUUUUAAAUGUCUGGUCGCCAUCAGUUAGUUUGAAAAAGGAGGGUAUCAAAACUGUUCCGGUAUGGGUUAAAAUGUUCAAUGUUCCGAUUUCGGUAUAUACUGAUGAUGGUUUGAGUUUAUUAGCAUCCAAGAUAGGAAACCCGAAACGCCUCGAUGGCUACACGGCUGAUAUGUGUGCGGAUAGCUGGGGAAGGAGCAGUUUUGCUCGGGCUCUAAUUGAGAUAGAUGCGGAUAACGAAUUGAAAGAUCAUAUUGUCGUAGCCAUCCCGAAGUUGGAUGAUGAUGGGUAUGUUACGGAGCGGGUGAAAGUUGAAUAUGAAUGGCAGCCACACCGUUGUUCGGUUUGCUGCAUCUUCGGACAUAAUGACCAGACUUGUGUUAAGAACGUCCUUAAUAAAGAGAAACAAGUGGUUAUUGAUGAGGAGGGCUUCACGAUGGACAAGAGAAAGGUGGCUCGGGGGGGAAUGAUGCACAAGAAGCAAAAGCCAAAACAGAAAUUUGUUUAUCGUCCUAAAGUGAACAAGUAUGGGCCGAGUACGUCAGGCACGAAACCGGUUACGGAGAAGGUUGAUAACGAUGGUAAGGUACAUACUCAUAACCCUUUUGAUGCUUUACAUAUGGAUGAUGGGGACGUGGAUGUCGGUGACACGGAAAAAGUUGGUGAUGGGAAAUCGGGUAGAGUAGUUUAUAAUGGGAAAGACCCUCGAGUGGAUGAAGAGGUGGUGGAAAAGGUCCCUACUGAAAUGGCUGAAUUUAUGCGAAUGUCUGAAAAUAAGCUUUCUGUUUGUGCUCUUUUGGAAUCUCAUGUGGAUAUUGCUAAGCUUGCUAAGGUGUGUAAAAAUGUUUUCCGGUCUUGGAAUUGGACAUCGAAUGGAGGGUUAUGUGAUCGGGGUACGAGGAUUAUUUUGGGUUGGAAUGCUGAUGUGGUUGAUAUUAUGAUCUUGGCCCAAUCGGACCAAGUCAUCCAUGCUCAAGUCGUCUCUAAAGCUGAUAAUCAGUCUGUGUUUGUUUCGUUUGUGUAUGCUAAGAAUAAAUAUCAGGAGAGAAGAACGUUGUGGGAGGAUCUUUGUAAGCAUAAGGGGUUCUGUUAUAACAAGCCAUGGGUCGUAAUGGGCGAUUUUAAUUCCGCGUUACAUCUAGAGGAUUCAUUGAAUGGUCCCUCCACUCCAUCAAUUGGUAUGAGAGAAUUUAACGAAUGUGUUCAAGAUGCGGAGUUAAUGGAUAUUAAGGGUCACGGUUUACACUACACAUGGAACCAGAAACCAUCGAAUGGUGGUGGGAAUGGUGUUGGGCUGCUUAAAAAAAUCGACCGUGUGAUGGGUAAUAUGAAGUUCUUGGAAUUAUUUAAGGAUGCGUAUGUCUUAUAUCACCCGUUCCGGAUUUCUGACCAUACUCCAUGCAUUCUUAAGAUAUCUCCUCCACCCAAGGUUCGGCCGAAACCAUUUAAGUUUGCUAAUUUUAUUACCUCCAAGCCGGAAUUCAGGUUAUGCGUUGAAAAGGAAUGGGCUAAGCGGGUGGUUGGUUACAAUAUGUUUGCGGUUACUCAGAAGCUUCGGAAUCUGAAGCCGGAUUUGCGCAAAAUUUUAUUCAAUCAGGGGAAUUUGCAUGAUAAAGUGGCUGAUUUGAGGAAGCAGCUUGAUAAUAUUCAGAUGCGGAUUAAUGACAAUCCGCUUGAUGCCAAUCUUCGUAACAUGGAAGCUCAAUGCCUUCAAGAGUUUCAGAUUGCGGCAUAUGAUGAAGAAUGCUUUCUUAAGCAAAAAGCUAAGGUGGAGUGGCUUUGUGCGGGUGACUCGAACACUAAGUUUUUCCAUAAUAGUGUUAAAUGCAGGAACGCUAGAAAUAAGAUUCACACUAUUAAGGAUGUUCAUGGGACUCGGUAUGAGGGGGAAGGCAUUACGGAUGCUCUGGUCGCUCAUUACGCUAACUUCUUAGGAACCGAGGAUCGGGUUGCUCCUAUUGACUUGGAUGACAUUUUUGUUAAUAAGCUAAGUAGUGCAGGUGCAACUAAUAUGGUUCGGCAAGUUACUCGAGAGGAGGUAAAAAAUGCUAUGUUUAGUAUUGGUGUGAACAAAGCCCCUGGGCCGGAUGGGUAUACAUCGGCGUUCUUACUUAUCACUGACAGAAUUAAGGGGAGCCUCGAGAAUUUGGUUAGUAUUAAUCAGUCCGCCUUUGUUCCGGGUAGGAAAAUUUCCGACAAUAUUUUAUUAACCCAGGAGCUCAUGCAUAACUAUCACCUGAAUAAGGGGCCGGCUAGAUGUGCGUUCAAGAUUGAUAUUCAAAAGGCGUAUGAUACGGUUAGUUGGAGUUUUUUAGAAAAGGUGCUUAAGGCGUUCGGUUUCCAUGAUAAAAUGGUUGCAUGGGUUAUGGCGUGCGUUUCUACGACGUCGUUUUCUCUAAGCAUUAAUGGGAACUUGCAUGGUUAUUUUAGAGGGAAGAGGGGGUUACGACAGGGUGAUCCUAUGUCACCCUACCUUUUCACGUUGGUUAUGGAAAUCUUAUCGUUACUUCUUCAGCAUGAAGCCGCGUUUGGUAUAAUUGGUGUCACAUUAGUCCUCUAA